AUGCCCUAUAGGCACAGAAAAGAUUACAGCUUUGCGAUUUCUCUUUUGAAGGUCUUCGUUGUGGUGAGUUCCUCUGGACACUUUCUCCAGAAGAUAUUUCACUCCUUUCUAUUUCAGUUUCGGACCUCUGCGCUGUUGUUCUUCCGUCCCAGUGUUCUAAAAUUGCCUGUGCUUACUAAUCGGUCCUCAAUGAUCAGUUACCUCAAUCAGGCAGAUGCACAGCAGUUGGAUAACGAAUUGUUCACCGAAUAUGCUUACUCUGUGGAUCAGUUGAUGGAGCUUGCAGGCCUCAGCUGUGCUACUGCUAUUGCGAAAGCUUAUCCGCGUGACAAACUCCGGAUUACCAAUGGGGCUUUGCUGGUUUGUUGCGGACCUGGAAAUAACGGUGGUGAUGGACUUGUAUGCGCUCGCCAUCUGAAAAUGUUCAUGGCUAGUCAAUGGGGUUCUUCUUACAACCUGAUCGUGGAUGCGCUGUUCGGUUUUGGUUUCAAGCCUCCUGUUAGUGCAGAAUUCAGGACUUUAUUGGACUAUAUGUGUCAAGCGAAGAUUCCCGUGGUCUCAAUCGACGUACCUUCAGGAUGGAACGUUGAAGCGGAUGUGGGCGAAGUAGAAGAGGGCAGUUUGAAUCCGGAUUGCCUAAUCUCCCUGACCGCGCCCAAACUCUGUGCUCGGGCUUUUCGAGGACGAUUUCAUUUUCUCGGUGAAGUAGAACCCUGGACGGUGAACGUGGAACCACCUACGGCCUCAGAGGUUUACGAUUGCAUAUGUUCUCUCAAGCGCCACCGAGCUCCCGGUCCGGAUGACCUUCCACCCGCACUGUUCAAAGACGGGGGUGAAGUCCUCAGCCAGCGCUUGUCCGAUCUGUUUGCUUGCAUUUGGGAAACGGAGUCUGUCCCAGACAACUGGGGAGAAUCGGUGAUAGUGCCCAUUUCCAAAAAAAGGGCGCGC